ACCCUGCCGCCCCGGAGCCAUUCCACGAAGCCCUUUCAGAAAACGUCGAUUAACCGCAACCCCUCCCAACCAAACCACACUUUAUUAGAAAUUUAAGGUCGGCUCUCAAGAAGUUGACACGGGAACCCCAAGCAUGCGCCCGAAAAGUGUGUGAAGAGGAAAAAAAUGACACUCCAGUGGGUGGCAGUUGCAACCUUUCUUUAUGCUGAAAUAGGACUUAUUUUAAUCUUCUGUCUUCCUUUUAUUCCUCCUCAGAGAUGGCAGAAAAUUUUUUCAUUUAAUGUCUGGGGUAAAAUUGCAACUUUCUGGAACAAGGCUUUCCUUACUAUUAUAGUCCUAUUGAUUGUUCUAUUUCUAGAUGCUGUGAGAGAAGUAAGGAAAUACUCCUCUAUACCUGCCAUUGAAAAAGGCUUAAGCAGUAAACCUGGUGCCUAUGAACAUGCACAAAUGAAACUUUUUAGGUCUCAAAGGAAUCUUUACAUUUCUGGAUUUUCAUUAUUUUUCUGGCUUGUGUUGAGACGUCUGGUUACCCUUAUUACUCAGCUGGCUAUAGAACUGUCAAACAAAGGAGUACUUAAAACUCAAGCAGAAAAUACUAAUGAGGCUGCCAAAAAAUUCAUGGAAGAGAAUGAAAGACUAAAACAGCUCUUGAAAAACUAUGUCAAUGAAGAGGAACACAUUUUGGAAGCAGAAAAUAAAACACUAAUAGAAGACCAGGAAAAACUGAAAACUGAAUUAAAGAAGACUUCAGAUGCCCUUUCUAAGGCACAGAAUGAUGUGAUGACAAUGAAAAAGCAAUCAGAGCGACUUUCAAAAGAAUACGACCGACUUCUGAAAGAACACUCAGAACUUCAGAAUCGCUUGGGGAAAGACAGUAAGAAAGGCCUGUGAACUUUGAAAGACGAUGGCGACACACCAUGUGAAGAUGACAAAUUUGUUAUCGUGUUGGCCUGUAGAACAAUUUAAAAUUCAGUUCAGUAAAAGGUACCGUUUAUGACCAGCCAAUAAUUUUUUUAAUGCCACAUAUAGCCUAUUAUCCUAACGGUGUUGUCACAAUAGUUGAUGAUGUUUCAGAUAUAUCGUCAAGUCUAUAUUCCAGCUCUUCUGUAAAAUAUAAGCAUGUUUAGCACCCUAGUAAGAUAUUGAGAGGAACACUGGUUAUAUGGUGACUGUUUACUAAUAAAAAGAAAAAUUUAUAUAGCCAGUUACUUCCCAAAUUGAUUUUUAAGUUGAUGAAAUCAUUAAUAGCCUUAAAAGCUGUGAUGUGUUUUCAGUAAUAAUAAUCUAUUUAAUCAGAUGACGAUAAUGCUGAUGUAUUUGAAAAUAGUAUUCAGUAUCAGCAGAUUUGUUCAUAGAUUAAAUAAGGACAAAUAAUCAGAAUUAGCCAUUAUAUAUAUGGGGAAGAGUCAUGAAGAGCAAAAAAAUAAAAACAAUGACCUUAGUUGUUCUUUUUUAUAAGUCUGAUGAUACUAUAGUUUACUCUUGUAAAACAGCUAUAUUGAUAAUUAUAUUUUUGUUACUGUGCUUCUUCUAUAUCUGUUGGACUGUUUCCGUUGACAUUUGUGUUAAUACCACAUAAUAAGUAGGCAUUAUACCUUUUUAAAAUUUAUCUGAUAAUGAAGUUUACAUCUAUUUGCAUAACUGCCAUACACUGAAGUUAAAAUUAUUUUAUGACAAUGUGGAAUUCUUGACUUAGAAAGCUAAUGUAGAGCAUAUCCAAAGAGCAAUGUUUCCCAUCGCUGUGAGAGUUACUAAGUAUACAAAUAUUACCUCAAAUAUACAUACACUGGGGUCACAGUUUCUCUGAGAUGUAUCUGUAUUCUGAAAGCUAAAUAUUAAGUACGAUUUUUCCAUUCAUAUUCCUUUAGAAUCUCCUUUAGAACAUGAUAAUGACUGUAGUUAUAUUAAAAUGAUUUAGGUUGUUCCAGUGUUUAGACAUGAAAAUCAUCUUCCUUGUCUCAUAAAGACCUAAAUAUAAAUAAUGGAAUGCAAAA